CCAAAUUUGGUAGUCAGAACAGUCGACACAUCUCUGGAAAAUCCACUAAACUUGGUAAUAUGAAACUCUUCGGUGCAACUUUGGCCAUCAUGUUGGGCUUGUCCCAUGGAGCAACCAUUACUCUCAAUGGUGCACAAACCCUUCCCGCCUCUGGCACUAUUACCAUCCAACAGUCCGGUUCCCAGCAAGUGCAGUACCCUCAACAAGUGGUGACAUACCCUCAACAAGUGGUACAAUACCCUCAACAAGUGGUACAAUACCCACAACAAGUUGUUGUUCCUCAAACAGUUGUCCAAAGACCCACUGGUGGUGGUGGUAUUAUUGGAGGACUUGCACAGGCUGCAGGUGGCAUUUUGGGAGGUGCUGCCCACGCUGCUGGUGGCAUCGCUGGCGGAUUUUUGAACGCUUUUGGAAAAUAAAGCUAAGAGUUAAACUGCUACCAAAUUUUAGUAAACGUUCUGUGAAUGUCGAUGAAAAUAAAUAACAAAAUAAUACGCAU